AUGGUUUCAUCACAUUCUGCAGAAAAGAAUAGACAUUAUGGCAAAUUCGCUACCACCUCUCGCCUCAUCUCGUGUAUGGUGACCGAAGGCUUGGUUACGGCUCAUUUUGUUCCUUACACCUCCUCUUCCUCGUCCAUUGUUGGCUUAUGCUUGAUUCUUCGCAAAAACAAAGAACUCCUUGUCGCCGUUCCUUUACGUGGGUUGCCUGAAUUGGAUGCUGAAGAAACAACCGAGCUGAAUGGUAUCCAAUGUCCCAAGAUUGAGCUGGUGGAUCCUUGGGAUAUGCUUCCUUACAUUUACGCACCCAAGACACAAGGACGACAAGGCACUGCUCCUUCUUCAUGGAUGACGGAUGCCAUGAGUGUGUUGGCAACGGUGACCGAGAUAUUCAAGCAUGUGAACGUCCACGUGGAUACCCUGGUUGAUGAUUACGAUGCUGUGGAGUUGUGGAACCAUUUUGCACAGGAUUAUGGUGUUGACAACAAAGAGCUUAUCCAAGUCCUCAGCGAUGAGUUGGCAAGUUCAAUGAACCAUCAGACCUACACUUAUGAUCACCCCAAGCCUUUACCUGAUUUGGCGUCGACGGCUAUUCAUUGGGAACAGUCGAUUGUUGAAGGACAUGCUACGCAUCCAAUGCAUAAAGCAAGAUUAAGCUAUCCACCUUUGCCAUCUGUGGAGCCUGGUCAGGUGAACCUUGAGCAUCCCUCGCUUCGUUUGGUAUCCAUCCCCUCCUCCUCGGUCAAAUUACGUGGUGAUUUUGAAGACUUGAUUCGUCCUAUGGUGGAUGCUAUGCUUGCCAAAACGGGUGCAUCACGUUCGCAAUAUGAUGUGCUUGUCCCUGUUCACGAAUUCCAAAUCCCCAAUAUCCAACAGCGUUUCGAGAAUGUGGCCGUCUUACCGGCAGAGAACAAUGCACCGGCAGAAGCAUUAACAUCCAUUCGAUCCGUGGCCGUUCCAGGAUUGCUCCAAAACUUAUCACUCAAGCUAUGCAUUGGCAUCAAGGUUUCCUCGGCAUUGCGUAUCGUUUCUCCCUUUAGUACCCAUUUUGGUCCUGGCUUCUCUGCCAAUGUGGUCCCACGCCUUUCGUACGAUCGUAAUGUGCUUACAAUCCAACGAGAAAUGGCAAGUGCUAUUUAUCGUCACGAUGAUCCACACAUGGCCAAGCAUUGCAGUUGUGUCGUACGUGAAGCACCUGAAUCGGAUGAGGACAUUGAUAUUGUUGCUGCUGCCCUUGUUGAAAAGAUACAAAAGCCUGAUACCGAUGAAACACUCGUCAAACAUGUAUGGAAAUUGGAUACAGAGGAAAAACGAGUUGCAUUCAUGGAUAGAUAUAUUCAAACAGCCUUGCAAGCAUUUGUACCACCAUUAAUCAACAAUGGUGUUGCAUUUGAGGCACAUGGUCAAAACACAAUGGUGCGUUUCAAUCGUAAGACUGGUGAACUUAAAGGAUUUGUCAUUCGGGACUUUGGUGGCAUCAAGGCACACAAUGAAACUCUAAAGAGGACAUGUGGUGUUGAGCUGGAUGUGUUGCCCGAUAGUACAGUGGUUGCUGAGACAAUGGAAGAAUGCUACAAGCUGCUAUACCAUACCUUAUUCCAUUCCCAGUUCCACCGGUUGAUUCGUGUUCUCGACCUUCAUCACAAUGGCCGCGGAUGGGAGCUAGUACGCAAGCGAUUUAAGGAAGCCGUACCUGAGGAUAAUCCUAUGUAUAAGUACUUUAUGGAACAAAGUAAGGUGCCCGGCAAGUGUUUGAUGAGGAUGAAGCUUAAUGAACUUUAUCGUGAUUACAUCUAUGAGCCCUUGCCAAACAUGAUCCUGAGCCAUCCUCAAAAGAUUAGUAGUAGCAUGCCAUAA